UGCGGCCUCGGGCAAUAUGGCUGCCGCGCUUCAUCCUCGGGGGAGAGUCUCGCCGCGAGCGCUCGGGACCUUGCUGUGUCCCUGGGUGGUGGGCUCAGGCCCCGCUUGCUGCCGCUGCCCUCUCGGAGCUAAAAGAUACCUGCUUACAGAUAAUGUUACGAAGUUAAAGGAAUUUCAACAUAAGAAGGUGGCCGUUGCAUGUAACCUUCCUGGCACUAAAGAAACCUAUUUUAGAAACUUAGAAGAGAAAUUGGCCCAGAACCAACUCAUCCUGAAGGACGAGCUGAGGAUCUUGCUUCAUUUAUGUCAGUCCCAGGAGGAUGUGGAGUUGGCUAAAAAUGUCAUUCACAGGUACCAUGCAGAAAACAGAAAUUUCACUUUAGGGGAAUUUAAAUUUGGACCAGUUUUCAUGAGGCUGUGUUACGAGAUGGAUCUUGAGGAAUCUGCAGUGGAUCUCAUCAAAGACCAGCAUCUACAAGGGUUCUUCUCAGACUCCACGUCGUUCAAUAUCUUGAUGGACAUGUUAUUCAUCAAGGGCAAGUAUGAAAGUGCACUGGAAGUGUUGAUAGAGAUGAAAAACCAGGAUGUGAGGUUCAACCACGAUAGCUAUGUCCUUGCUUUUGCAAUUUGCUACAAGCUGAACAGCCCAGAAUCUUUAAAAAUCUGUACUACCUUAAGAGAAGAUGCCCUAAUCAAAGGAGACAUUCUUUCCAGGAGAGCAUGCUGUUUUGCUGUGGCAUUAGCGCUGAAUCAGAAUGAAGCAGCCAAAGCUGCAUCUAUAUUUUCUCAAAUCAUGAAUCCAGAGAGCAUAACCUGCACCAAUUUAAAUGUCAUGAUCCAUCUCCAGUCAAAUAUGUUGGAACCCCUCAUGGAGAUACUACAAGGUGCUGCAAAAGGAAAUGUGUCCCAAUUUGUGAAAAGAUAUGAGUUCUCUGAGGAAGUGCUGGCCAAAGUGAGGGAAAAAGUAAAGGACGUGCCCAGCCUCACAGCCAGAUUUGAUGAGCUCUAUAAGAAACUGCAUGUACAUGGACAGGUGACUUCCUACACUCUGGAUGCUCUGCUCUGCCACACCCCCAGGGACAGGAGGUCUCACACCCCUCUACUACACAGGAGGAAAGUCAGCCAGCGGACCUUGCAGCCCCUCAGCCAGUUCCUGUUGGCUGAGUAACCCUAUUUCCAACUUUUCCCUGGCUCUGUGGGUCCUGCCUCAAGUGAACUGUUGACUUCUCUAAGAAAUCAGGCAUCUUACUUCAGUGGAUGGUGUGCUAACACUUGGUCUCCCCAUUUCUGAAGUUACUUGAGUGGGACAUGCUGACCAGAGAAGUGUCUUUGUAGUGCUGUUAUGAAGAUCUGGAUGAAGCAAAACAAGAAAGCCUAGCUUCCUCAAAAAGUCAUCCCCUUGGAUCACCGUUGAGGAAGGAGCGUGAUUGGGUCCUCAGUGCAGCCGAUAGCACCUGAAUGGGGUCCAGCGAGCACCAUCAGGAAUGAGUUACACAGGAAGUGUGAUCUCCCCUCUUGGUCAAGGGAAUGAUCACUGGUAGUAAUGCCCUUGCUGAUUUUAGGAGCUCUGAAACCCUGGCCUACCAUCAUGGGAAACAGCCAAAGAUUCCCUCCCUGCUCUGCCAUUAUUUAAUUCUCUCACCCUGAAGAGGACCCUUGAGCCCUCGUUUUUCCACCUGCAAAUAAUAGUGUGUGUGUUGGCAUAAUGACAUGAAAUCUGUACUCAGGGCUCAUUACAGUCAAGUUUUCUCAAAAACGAGAGAAAUAAAAAGGUACUUGAGUAAA